AUGGAAGAGGGAGAAUGUUUACCACUAUUAAAAGACGGCGAUUUACACACAUUAAAUACAGAUAGUCGUACGAUUGGCUCAUUGGUUCAUGUUUUCUGUCAUAACGUGACGGUCGCCAUAUUGAAAUGUUUAGCGGAGCAGAAAUGGAACGGUACAAUAUCACCGUGUCACACAGCAGAGACAAAGAAUGAAAUAAAACCUGGGGAAGAAAUGAAGGUUGAAACUAUUAUUAUUAUUGUCUGGGUAUUAGGCGGUGUAUUGUUAUUCUCGUUAUUGAUAUUAUUAACAGUGAUAUUAACAGCUCGACACAAAGGCGGUGCAAGAAGACCUAGAAGAAGACCAUCCAUAUUCACCGUAUCGAAUGAAAGACGUCGAGGUGGUGGGGAUAACCCUGCGUUUUCAACAGAAAAUGAACAGGCCAAUUGGUCUCUGCAUAGAAAUUCACAGCGAUUACCACCAACCUAUAGAGAGGCCAUGAUGGAUAGACCACCACGACUAGAGCCAUCUCGAACUCAAGCAUCCGCUUCGUCUGGUCCUCCACAAUCUGGUGCUUCUCAGGAUGAUAACAGUCGUCGUUAUGCUCAGGAGUACCCUUCCUGCUUUUGGGAUGAAGAGCCCCCACCACCUUAUAGUUUAUUUGCUGGGGGAAGAGGCUCAAGCGAUCGCAUUAUUAGUGUGGAAAGGACAAAUAGUAAUAGAAUGGCAGUUGUGCAAAGUCCGCGUCCUCCUAGAAAUCCAAGCAGAAGUGCUCAAGAACCUACAUCAUCAACUCCAUCCUCCAACCAUAGGACCAUUGUUCAAUGUAACGCUCAAACAAAUCAACAAAUAAUUCCAUCCACAUUAUCCAAUGAAUCUCGAAGAUCAACGAAUUCUUCAAAUCCACAACAUAGAAGUACAGCUAGAGCUCAAAUACACCAUCCAGCCAAUAGUUCAUCAGAAACACGUCGAAAUCCCAGAAGACCAGAUCCAACACAUCAAAGAGAACGUCCAGUUCCUAGUCCGCAAUUAACCAGGAGUUCUACCAGCAACGAAGCACAAAGAGAACCAAAUACUCUGUAUAGAUGCGGUAGAUUAGAAGGCACUGCACCAUUGGCUCGGUUAGAAAUUGAGUAUUUUUGAUGUGAUAUAAGGGGAAUAACUCCAGCCACAAGUCAACAAUGCAAAGAACUUACACAAUGAUCUUUACAAGUAAUGGUGCUAUUUCAUUUUACCAGUAUUAUUUUAUCAUUUUUAUAUUACUUCAUAUUCCUUUUUGUAUACUCAUUUUUAACUUAUUCAAUUUUUUAUAAUGAACAUUAUUUAAAUUAUGCAUCCAGUCAUAUUUAAUGUAGAAUUUUAUACUCAAGUUUAUACUUUAUUUAUUCCAUAUACAAUUUUAUAUUCUUCUGUAUAAUUAUAAUACCAAAAGACUAUCACAUAUAGCUCAACUUUUACUAGAAGCUGAAUGAAAUUCCUUGAAAAGCUUCUAUUUUUUUCAAAUCAUUUUUCUUAUCGUAAGUUUAUUAACCACGAGAUAUAGUCUAGCAUAGGUUUUACUGAACAUCAAGGGACGAUUUUAAACCUAAUCACGAACGGUCGGCUUGAUUUCUGAAAAAAAAAUAAAUGGGAAGGAACACAUUAUAAGAUUGACUGACUUUUUUUUAAUUAUCAUUUAUUUUACUUAGAAUAUACUCUUGUCUAUGU